AUGUGACGCAGCGGGCACGUUCCCGUGAUCCUUCAGAACCCGCGAACCCGCGAAGCUGCGAACUGGAGAGUCUGACUAGCACUGCAGAUCUUCGUAUAACAGCUCAGCAUGACCUGCAUCAGUAGACCUGGAUUCCUCUUAAGUGACAGCGACUCCAGUGAUUUAGAAGAGCUACCUGUGUUUGAUUUCUCACAGUCAAAAUCUAGACAGGCCAACUUGGUGGUUUUAAACAGUUCCGACUCAGAAAUGGCUCAUGUUGCUGAUCCAAUUUCAGCACUAGAGGUCCACGCCUCCACUGGACCUGCUAGAAGUGACGUGUUGAUGGUCAGUAGUGACAGCGAAGUGGAGGAGGCCAUCAUUCCCUUAGCUGUGAGACUGAAACAGAAACAACUUGGUCUGGGUACAGUAGCCACUGCUGCAGAGGAGACUCAGGCUUUUAAUAUGGAUCCUAAUGGAUAUUCACACCUCUUAGAUGUUCCAGCACAUCAUAUCAUCCCCGAGGCCCACCUAGCUGAACAUAACAAGAUCUGUAGAGAUAUGACAAGGCAGUGUAGCUCAAACAUUGCUGCACCAUACCUUACAAAAGAACCUUCUGCUAAAGCAGAUAAUGGCGCUUACCUGGCCAAACGCAAGAAAACCCCAGUAGAAGUGGAGGCUGCCAGACAGGAAGCCCUGAGGAAACGAGCAACGCGAGAGCAUCAGCAGGAAGAGAAGGAGAGAUUGAGAAUGGAGAAGAAAGCUCUGGCUGAUGCUGUGAAAGCCCUGAGGCCAGAGGAGUGCAUCAAACACAUGGUAGUGACGGUCGACCCAGGCCUGCUGCAGCUGGAAGGUGGCGGUGCUCUCCUGACUUCUCUGCACGCAAUGGGCUGCAACUGUGCAAUAGAGAAGCAGUCUCUUCCUCGUAGUGUCACCUGGGCUAGACACUCACCUUGCCCUCAGACUGGUGAGAUUAUGUCUAUUCCAGAAUCACAUACUGUAAUCCAAGUUCCAGUGGAUGACUUUGUGACCAUGAUUAACAACUACUGCAAGAGGCAAAGCAACAGUAUGACCGAAAGCGGCAUAUCUCUGACCACCUGGAUCCAAGGACUUAUGAGCAGAAACCCAGGCAGAACCCUCAGUCUGGUCGUGAUUGACAUAGAGAAGUACUUCAGAUCCCAGAAUUCAAAAUGUCAGAAGAAAUUCCGUGAGGCAGUGCUAGGCGAGGAAAAGAAUGUGGGACUUCAGGGAGGGCAGAAAAAGCGAAGAAAGAAAGACGAUAUCAAUCAGCUUCCAGAGGUCUCACGAGUGCAGGUUGAGGAGAAUUUGGUAGACUUGCAGCUUCAAACUGGUGUGCAGGUCCGCUUCCUCUCUUCCUGGAAGGACUUCACUGAUUAUAUUACCAUGUCAACCAAAGCAGUAGCCGAGGCUCCGUUCAAGCGGGAGCGAGAGAAAACGGGCUUCACAUUUUGUUUGGAGAGUGAGUGGGCAGGGGGUCAGAAGGUGGACCGCACAGGGAAUGGCCUUCUGCAAGUUUGGAAGAGACAAAUACAGCAGUUGAACCGUGUCAGCCCUGAUAUGGCCAGUGCUAUACUCAGUGCCUACCCGUCUCCUCGGCUCCUUGCUCAGGCAUAUGCAAGGUGCAAAUCGGAGCAUGAAAAAGUUGGUCUGCUGUCAGAUGUGCUCAUUCGUCGCGGAGAGGGUGUGACAUCUACAACUCGCAGAGUUGGUCCAGAGCUUUCUAAACGGUUGUUUCUUAUGAUGACGUCACAUGAUGACCAGCAGCCCCUUGAUUCUGCUGUAUAGGUUCUUCUGCCUUGUACACAUGAGGACAGAUGUCAAAAGAAUUGUUAUAUUGACUCAGUGCAAUGUCAGCUUCAUUGAGGUAUUUAUUACAGUUCAGAUAUUUUAUAAAUUUCAAGCCAUUUCAAAGUUAUAUUUGUCUUUUUUUUACUGUAAAUUGUUGCUAUUAAAUGUUUCUUAAUGUACCCAAACGAUUUUUUUUUCACCUCCGUUAGAGCUAGCUUUCCACAAAUACCUGUGGUCCAAAACAUUUCUGUACAAAAAAAAAAAAACAGUUAAACUGUAAAACAGUUUGUAGUGGGGUUUUUUUUUUUUCAUUUUAGUGGCAAAUAGCCUUGGUUGGCAGAAGCCUUUUCAAUGUAAAUCGGAAAUGCAAUUUAUUAAUUUAGUAUUUCAAUUGGCACCGUUGAAGACCCAUGUUUAAUGUUUUAACAAUAAUAAACAGGGCGUUGUUAAUCACAAAUGUAACUCUUUUCCUGUUUAAGGCACUACUGCGCGUCUUUCGGCACCAAAAUGGUCCCUUGAGCACGCCAUACUCGUUGUCUAAGGACUGUUGAGGCUCAUGGCUCAUUUCCAGCACAUUAGAGAAUGGCACCUGACCAAGGAGUGUGGUGUUGCCUGAAACGAGCGGUGGGGUAACGAGCCGUUAAAUGUGCUUAAGAGAUGAGCUGCAUGCUUCAUCCCUGUCCCUGAGGGUAGUAUUUCCUCCAUAGUUUAAGGGAUCGCAUAACAAACUAUGGCUAGUAGGUGUGUUCUUGUGCCGAAGGAAAUUAUAUGAGCAGAAUUAUAGCAGCUUGAAAAGGGAUCACCUUGGAGUGAUUGUUUAGCUGAAUAGUAUGAAAUCCAAUUUUCGUGUACUCUGAAUGCAGACUAUAAUAGCUUUUAUGACCUAGAGUUUGCAGUGCUAACAUCUUCACUGGCUUGUGAACGGUUAAAUGGGACUUUAAUUUUCAAAAGGCAGUUAUAGGAGAUUACAAUUUACAAAGUACAAUGUAACCUCAUCUAACCUAAAUGUUUCGGGGGAGUAUUUUCUCUCGGCAUAUGGUCCAUUUGCAUCAAAACACAAAUAUCUGUAAGAAGAAAGGGUCUGUUUAUCUUCAUUUACUGGAUGCGCAAUGUGCAUAUACGAGUCAUGACUACUCCACAUGAUAGAUUAGACCCCGGAUAGCAUUUCUGUUCAGCAGAGUAGCAGUUUCUCAUUUCUGGUGCACACAGGAUUCUUCCUGCUUCUUGUUGGAGAUUAAUAAGGAUUGGGAGUGGCGGUAGGUCAACGUCGACCACCUUCACUCACAGUCAAUAGAGUGGAAAGCAAAGCAGGGCUGUAAGUCACUGUCUUUCCCUGGAUAUUCUCAACUCAGCUCAUCUCUUGGAAAUAUGCACCUUCUUAUCGGCCGCCACAUAAGAUGGAGUGCCACAGGCAGUGCUGUUUAUGGUUUUGUGAGUCUGUUUUGUUCCAAUUACAGUUUCAUAUUCUUGGCAGAGUGGGGGCUCUUCCAAUUUUGUGAGUUGUGCCACAAUAAUGCCACCUGUAGUGUGCUGGCCCACCGACAACACUGGCAUAACAAUAACACAUUUCCUCAGGCAAGUGAUAUGCCAACAAGGCAAAGCGUCUGAUAUUAUCCUUCCAUUGCAUUUUCAAUGUGUUUUCGCCUUGGUGCUUGGUGAAUCACGAUCCACUCAGAGCCACUCACUAAAACAACAAGAUAGAAUGUCAAAGACUCUAACAAUCUAUUUCAGAGUAUGAGUAGGUCGGCCACUGUGGUAUUGGUUUCUUUGCCACCAGCGUUCAAUCAAUGUUUCCUGCUUCUAAAUAAAUCAUUAUGGCUCUGCUUCUGCCUUUCUUUUGUUCAUUUGCAAAUCAGACGCAAGUGAUUCAAGUGUUCAGAUCCAGCUCUUCUGUGAAAAGAGACGCAAAACCCUCAAAUAAAACAGAGCUUUAAGCUUCUGAGGGAAAACAUUGCAUUGUGAUUGCAGGAUUUUGUUGUCUACCUUUCCCUCUCUUUCCAGCUUUUUUUUUUUUUUUUUAGAUUGCGCAUAUGUACAGUUAUCUUCUCUCAGUGGACUUUUUUUAUUUUUUUUAAGCUGGUUGGCUGAGUUUUUGAUUGCCACAUGAGGGCAGAAUUGCUUCACACUGACUGUACACUAAAUAGACUGGUGAUUCCUCACUGGUGUUUCUCAACUCUGUUAUAUUAAACAUCACAUAGCGAUCCAACUCAGUGGCAAACCUCAAGGUAUUAUCAUGAUGUAUACUUGUCUGUGUUUGAGUGUUUGAUGCUUCUUGAAUUUUGAUGGUUUCUUGUUUUCGGCAGCUAGUAAUUCACUGCUCAAGUUUACCCACCGUCAAAGUGAGCCCUAUAUUUAAUGUAGUCUGAGUUAUUGUUGUUUGUUUACUUUGCAUUGUUUUGUUUGUCACAUAUCCUGUUCAUGUUGCCUUAUUUGAAGAGAUCAGAGAUUCCCAAACUUUUUCUCAGCCAAAUGCUUUUGACUUAAAAGAUUUACUUUGCGUACACUCAGAUUUCAAUUUAAUAUUUCAAUAAUUUUUCAUGUUCACAGCUGAUGUUAGUUAAUGGUUACAUGUCAUGCAUGGAAACAAUAUAUAUAUAUAUAUAUAUAUAUAUAUAUUAGUAAGUGUUUUAUUUCGGUUUUAUUUUUAAAUAAUAAUUAUUUUUCAGCUUUCCAUAAACUACUCUCUAGGGGUUUGCAAAUCCUGUUUUGGGAAACUAUUGCCUAGAUGUGAUGAAUUUGCUCCACAAAGUUUGAUUUGGCACACAUCUUUUACAAUUUUUGUUAUCCAGUCACAUGCACAAUUUAUGUAUUAUUUUACUAGCUUACGUUUCAGCUAGAAUUAUUACAUGCGAUCCAGAAUGCAGCAGCAUGUUUGGUCUUCAGUCAGCCUAAGAGAAGCCAUGUCACAGCCCUCUUGGUUGUCAGCAUUAUAUUUCAGGCUCAGAAGGUUAAACGCUCUACAAAAUGUAUGAUUCUCCUUAUUCCCUUCAGUCAAAUAGUGUUAUACCUGGUGGCAACAUCACAGCACACCUUCACAGAACCUCUACACUCCCUUGAUGGGGAAACACAUUCUUCACCCAAAUAGCACACCUCUUCUGGUCUUGCACCAUGUAAAAGAAGAUUGUAUACUCGCUAUGACCUGUCCACAAAUGACAUGUGCAAAAACUGCACAAACUUCUGUUUCCUUAUGUAGGUAAUAGCCUAAUAGGUGGCAAACAUCUGAUGUCUGUAAUUUUGUUUUCUUGGUCUGUUUCUUUGUGCUGCUUUUAGUGGCAUUUAUAUCCUUCACUGCAAUAGUUUUUCUGUGUAAACAUGCACUAGAGGAACAUCCGUGACUGUACCGAUAUUUACGCUUAAGUCUUUCUUUAGACCUUUUCUGAUUAUUUGGCUGUACAGGUAAUGAUUCACCCAAUGUCUCUGCUUGUAAAUUUUAACCCAUUUGUGAGCUCAACCUGCCACCCUACAACCCAGUUGCCUAGUUGUAGUUUUUAAUGGCGAUAAAUCAUGAUUAAUCAGAAAAGAAUGUGCAAUUAAUCUAGUUGUUUUUUGCAAUCGAUAAAUAAACUCUUUAUGUUUA